CUCAUCUCUCGGAUACUCCAGGCUGCUGAGCCUGUAUGCAAAUUGGCGCGUCUUGACUCUCACUAGGUUCAGGAGAGGAACGCUUCUCUUUUCUUCACCGCUGCAGUGGCCACUCUUUUUGAAAUCCCUUGCACGAGGAGUUUGGAGAAGUGGUUGGAAGUGCUUCGCAAGAGGCGCUCAGAGAAUGUUGCAGGCAGCCUGACUUUUUGCGAAAGGGCAUGCCUCAAGGUGCUUGAUUUGAUUGGGCCUACUAGCGUUCUUUCUUUGAAUCUGGUCUCAUCAGGUUUGCUUGCAAUGCAUUUCACCUAUGGAGGCCAUGUGAGUUUUUAGGGUUUGCAGUUUCCUUGAAUCAGUACUGAAGCCAUUGGAAUUUUGAGUGGUGGCCGCAGACAAGUGUACGGUACCUGAGAAGCAAGGACACAUAUAAGCACAACUAUUGCUGGGUGUCCCAAGAUGCAGGCUGCUACAGCAAGCCUGGGAGGCAGCUUUGUGGCCCGAUUGCCUGAGCCCCUGGGCCCGCAAAGUUGCGCCUCGUCGAGCCAGCAUCCUCAGCGCAGCUCUAAUGCCAACGCCACUAGCUUGUCAACCAGCCUCUUUAACAAGUCUAGCGGUGUAAGUCAUUUCUCCCCUAGAGAGAGGAAGCUGGAACAAGCAAAAGAAGACACGGCAUGUUUACGGAAAGCCAAAGGACGAGGUGUAAUAGCGGCUGCCUCCUCAAGUGGGAAGGGAGACUCUCGAGCUGGCCGGCAAGAGAACCCGUUCGAAGGCAAGCCGGCGAAGGUGAAUGGGGCAGCGAAAGGGAACGGGCCAGACAGUAAGAAGAAGAAAGAUGAAGUGAAACCUCUCCCCAGCGCGCUUCAGGCUGAGGUCGACCAGCAAUGGACGCAGAGCUUUCCAACCUAUAUGCAGAGUCGGGAGGAGUUUGAGUCAACAGGCCACUGGCCCGCAAAACUGCAGUCAGCGGGGAAGCCUGUUUAUGAUGGUGAGGCGGCGCUUCGUGCCGCACAAUUGGCCGCUGCGGCCUUGAACGGGCAGGGGGGGGGCAAGCUCGACUCUGGGGCGCCCCCUUGGUCUGCAGCACUUCCAUAUCAUGCGGGGGUGCGGCAACCGGACCUGAUGACGCAUGACCCGCUGUGGGCGGCAAUCCGAGCUGAAGCGAAGGUCGAGUCUGAGCGGGAGCCGUUGUUGAGUUCGUUUCUGUAUGCGAGCAUUUUGGCGCACUCGUGCUUCGAGCGCAGCCUGGGCUUCAUCCUGGCCAACCGCCUCAACAACGCGGUCUUCCUGGCGACGCAACUGAUGGACAUCUUUGACGACGUCCUCGCGCACGACAAGCAGAUCCAGGAGGCCAUCCGUGCGGAUGUGCAGGCGAUCAGGGAUCGGGACCCCUCGUGCCACACCUACAGCUGUGCUCUGCUCUACUUCAAGGGCUACCACGCGCUGCAAGCGUACCGCAUAGCUCACGCACUGUGGAACAGGGGCCAGAAAGUGUUGGCGCUUAAUAUGCAGAGCAGGAUUAGCGAGGUCUUUGCGGUGGACAUCCAUCCGGCUGCACGGAUAGGGAAGGCCAUCCUGAUGGACCACGGGACGGGCGUUGUGAUCGGCGAGACAGCAGUGGUCGGAGACAGAGUGUCAUUGCUGCAGGGCGUCACACUCGGUGGGACCGGGAAGGAUUGCGGGGACCGACAUCCCAAGAUCGCCGACGGCUGUUUGAUUGGGGCCGGCGCGACCAUUCUGGGCAACAUCAAAGUAGGCAAGGGGGCGAUGGUAGCCGCCGGCUCAUUGGUACUGAAAGACGUGCCGUCCAAAAGCAUGGUGGCGGGAACGCCAGCGAGGAUCAUCGGGGAGUCGCCGGCCAAGGUGCCUGCUCUCACAAUGGACCACAACGUCGCCUUUGACUUCUGCAAGGACUGGGAGGAUGCCGUGCGGCGACAGCAUGAGAUGGAGCUCAAUAACGGCAGCGGUAUUUAGUUGCUUAAACGGAUGAAUCCCCUUCGGGUUUCAUGAGAGUGGGGUCUGCGUGCUAUAUAAGGCGUUGAGCGGUCGCCGAACGAAUGAUCAGAGUCGAUGCCACUCUUAGUGGAAAGGAAGCGCUCGGACUUAGGACCGUUCAAAAUGUAGGGGGUUGCAGGCCCGUAUCGACCUGCUAUCACAACUAGCGUGUGGCCUGGGUAACUAUUACGACGUGUUGCCGUCAGAACAUGCCUAUGAGAUUAGCAGGAUAGCAAGCACAGAUCAGUAGAAGCAAUGGUAUGGCCGUUGGGCCUGACUAUACAUAGACCGGACAAGGUCCGCUUGGAGUUGCGCGAGCUAAGUUAGCGAGACUAGGUGCUUGAAAACGAGUCGAAUCCUGAAGCAUAUUUGUGAGAAAACGUUGGAGGGCUGCCCCCGCGCGCCCGUGGCCUCCGUACUCCCAUUCUUGCGACCAAC